CUGCUCGUCUACUAUGUAGCGUGCGUCCUUGGUUGUUUUGCGCGUGAUCGCUGACAGGUGGUCGGUACACUUGAAGACCUCGCAUCUAUUUCCGGAUGAAGUGAAAGUGCUUGUAAAAUAUCCCUGAGUUGAUCUGAGACGUUUGCCGCCGUAGAACUAUAAGUGAGGCCAGGAAGAUAGUACAGUACAGUACAGUACAGUGUUGUUGUAAACAGAACAGUAUAGUAGUACCCGCCUUCCUGAACCCGAAAAGGACACCGCGGAGGAUGAAUGGAGCGCACCCUGUCAUUGCGUUUCCGGAAGUUGUUACUUGUCCUGCCGCUCGGGUACGACUGAUGGGCGAUGACGACGUCAACGAAAUGUCAAAUCGAGGUCUCGAAGGAACGAUUGUGAUUUGAGUUGAACUUUAACGUCGUCACUGAGUUGUUCGUUCGCAAAAAAAAAAAUCCACUUCUGCUUGCUCUUACUGGGACACUACAACAAUUCCUCGUAGUUGAAUGGAAAGAGGACCCUUUAUUUGAGAAAACCAUAUGAAGAUGAGGGUUUCCACCGCCAAACUGCAGCAGCUCACCAUAUUCACCACCCUGCUGACUGGAGGGGGGAUUGGCACCAUGUACUACCUGAUGCAGAAGAAAUUUGCAGAGUCAGACUACCACCAAGUGGCUCUGCAGAAGUUGGAAGCAUGUGCGGUCGCCAUGGAGAGUUUGGGAGCUCCACCUUUAAAGAUUCACAACAUCCACCUGACUGACAGACACAAUCGAAUAGAUCAGCAAACAGCACAGAUAAAGAUUCCUGUGACUGGCUCAAGGACUGGUGGCUAUUUGUAUACAUCUUCCAUCAGAGAGCCAGACACCAACAGGCAAAAUCCGACAACCCAAAACCCUUCACAGGCACCACAUCAGUCACAGAGUUGCCUUACUCCCUGUAGGUGGAGUGUGAAGCUGGCAGUUUUGAGGCUCAAAGACGGGCAGACCAUCAACUUAAUGAACCCUCCGUCAAUUGCGACAGAAUACACUGAAUGCAGUGUACAGGGUACAGACUGACUGCGUCGACUCAGCAUAACUUCAAGGUAGAAUUUACCCUGCAUCAAUUGGCGGAGAGUGUUUUGUGCUGGGCAUUUUAGGAAACUCAACAAGGCCAACAGUUUAAGUGAUGGGCAACAACAAAUUCUUUUGCUGAUGUUUAUAUCUUUUCAAAUCAAUUUCCUUUCACAAGUCAACAUUUUGAUCAUCGAGACAUUUAAAUACUACUUUAGGAAUUGACUUGAGGCACACAAAAAUGUUCAAGUGACUCAUUUACCACAACUUCCUGCUUUUUCAAUCAUACACACUGUAUAUAGCAACCACAUCUGUUACUUAAGGUCUUUAAAAAUCUGUAUUUUCCUAUUUCAUUAUCUUUUUUCACAUGUAUUUAUGAUAAGCAUUCUCUCUUUUUUGCUGCUACGGAGAAAAUGAUUGAUUUAAUCGGAAUUUGUGUGGAAAAUUGCGUAUGAAUGCAAUUUGAAGUAAAUAUGGAGUCAAAUAAAUGUUGCACAAUAUAAACAUUUGAUGUUUUCUAUGUUGCUUUAAGGGGGCCCGGUGGACGACUGGUUAGCACAUCUGCCUCACAGUUCCGAGGAGCCGGGUUCAAAUCCGGCCUCGCCUGUGUGGAGUUGUGUUGAGGGGAAAAAAAAGAAGAUACAAACGUGUGAUGUCUCCACAUGGAGAGGACCGUUCGGGCUGCCCGUUCUUCAAGGAAAGCUCGAGCGAAUGUUCACAGACUUUAAAUACUGCUAGCAAGCAGACAACAUGACAUUUUGGAUCUCGCUAAAUAGUUACCCAGUGUGAGCACUGACGUUCGUACGUAAACAUUAUGACGGUGUUCUCUCUUUUUUUAUUUUUUUUUUUUUAAGAAUAUAUUUCCAAGAAAUAAUGUUCGUCUAUUUGUGCCAGUGAAGCACAGCGACAGACAGAACAAAUAAAUGCUCCUCUAUUAGAUGGCAAGCAGUAA